UAUUUAGCCGUGCAUCUAAUCCUGGAUUAAUCUGUCUUCCUCGACAUUUUGUUUCGGCAGUGAUGAGUUGGCCCGAGCAAGUGGUUAGAGUUCAGUCUCUGUCAGAAAGUGGCAUACAUGCAAUUCCAAACCAAUAUAUUAAACCUCUGACCGAGAGGCCUGUCUUAAAACUACGUUCUCAGUUUCACCGACAUGUCGAUAUUCCCCUCAUUGAUCUCCACAACCUGUUCGGCAAAGACCCAGUCCUCCACCUCGACACCCUGAAUCGUAUCUCCGCCGCGUGCCGAGACUGGGGUUUCUUCCAGGCGGUGAACCACGGUGUUAGCCACGAGCUGAUGAGUCGAGCGCGCCAGGUCUGGCGUGAUUUCUUUAAUUUGCCGCUCGAAGCGAAGCAAGAGUACGCCAACGCGCCGACCACCUACGAAGGGUACGGUAGUCGACUGGGAGUCGAGAAAGGAGCGGUUCUCGACUGGAGCGAUUACUUUUUCCUACAUUACUUGCCGAUUUCUUUGAGGAACCAGAGCAAGUGGCCCGACCAGCCGUCAUGUUGCAGGGAAGUGGUGGCGGAAUAUGGUUGUCAAGUUGUGAAACUAUGCAAAACGCUUCUGAAAGCAAUGUCGACAGAUCUCGGACUCAAGGAAGAGUAUAUAGAGAAUGCGUUUGGUGGAGAUAACAUGGGGGCUUGUUUUAGAGCGAAUUUCUAUCCAAAGUGUCCUCAGCCGGAGCUUACUCUAGGUCUUUCUUCACACUCCGACCCCGGCGGCAUCACCAUUCUCCUACCCGAUCGCGACGUUGCUCGACUCCAAGUGCUCAACGAUGGUGAUUGGAUCACCGUGAAUCCUGUUCCUGAUUCUUUGAUUGUCAUCAUUGGAGAUCAGAUCCAGGUUCCUCUAGUUGUUUCUUUUUCUUUCUAUAACUAUUGGUAUUCAAUUCAUUGUAUACAUGUAUAUUUAAUACAGGUGAUGAGCAAUGCAAUAUACAAGAGCGUGGAUCACCGUGUGACGGUGAACUCGGCAAAAGAUGGGGUCUCCCUGGCCAUGUUCUUUAAUCCCAAGAGUGAUUUAGUGAUAGAAGCAGCGGAGGAGCUGGUGAGUGAGGAGCGACCGGCGCUGUAUGAAGCCAUGACAUUUGAUCACUACAGGGUUCAUAUGAGGAUGAAGGGUCCUUGUGGCAAAAAACGCCUCGAGUCCUUGAAAUUCAAUACCCCAUAGUAAGUGUGAGAUUAAACACUUGCAUUUAAAUAAUUAAUCAUUCUCUCCGGUCCCAGAUGCUUUUGAUCAGCUUAUUUGA